AAUAGGAAAUUGCAAGUGGAUGAUGAGCAGCCUUUCUAUCUAAAGUUUUGAAUUUUUGUUAGAGUAAAGUGCCAUAAAACUACCCCACUAGGCAUGAUGGAGCCUAUCUGGGAUAAUGUGUUGACUGAAUUCAGUGGAGAGGAGACUGUCAACUUUGGUGCCAGAGAUGAGCGUGGUUCCGCCCUGUAUCAAGUUGAUACAAUGGCCACAAUAUCAGCUCGAGGCAACGUGGUUGAUGCUCCUGCAGUGUGCGCCAUUGUAGCAGGGUUGCAUUUCUGUGCAGCAGCAGGAAAACAGUUAUCACUGUUUGAUCAGAAUGCAAGCACGUUUCUGACCACUCUUGAUUUUGACUCUGAUAUAGAGACGAUUGCCAGCUUAGAUGACACAGAAUGGAUUGUUGUUGGCCUGAACAAUGGCACUUUGCACUUUGUGUCUAUCCUACAUAAGGUGGCGAUGUUCUCACAGAAAGUUUUAUUGUGUAGAGAGGGGGAAACAUCAUUCCAAUGCAUUCAAACCACUACCACUAGUGAUGGGAUGCAGAACCUUCUGAUAUCAGGAAUUGAUGGAACUCUGUUAUUCUUCCCACAUAUGGAUAUAUCAUCUAUAAUUACAGCGCUGGAAAAUAAAGACUUUGCUGCAGUGAAAAAGUUUCAGAAAGAAAUGACUCGGUGCUGUAGUCCAUUGCCUGCGGGUUCCAGUGCAUUGAGGCACGACUUAAAUGUAGUUCUAACCACUACGGGUUCUGACAGUGUUGGCAUGGGAGUGUGGUCACCUUUGUCAGUGGACGCCAGCUCUAUACAUAUGACUAUUCAUUAUGAGGAGCUGUGCAAUGGAAGUAUUGUGAAGUGUAUUGUGAGUAGAGAUUGUCGCUACCUCUUGACAUUGGAUAGUAGUAAUGCGCUGUCAGUGUGGGACGCACAGUCUAUGAUCAUGCUGAGACAGUGGAAUGAGUUACCUGUGACGGAUUUUACACUGAUAGAAGAAUUUUGUCAGGGUGAAAUAAGCCAACUUGUGAAGAUAAUUAUACUGACUCCUGCGAGUGAUGGUCAUGCCUUCCUACAAGUACAUUCAUUCCCAGACUUUGAGCUGGUGUACUCAUUGAAAGUCGGAUGCUCCACCACACUCGUACAAUCCAACGUUGAUCAGGAGGAGAUCAUAUUUGUAGAGGGUGUUGCAGAAGAUGGGGCAGACGUGCCUUCAUGUCUUCGCGUGAGGCUGCUCACCGAAGCUCUACCGCAGACCCGUCUUGUUCGACUCCUACAGAGGCACAAGUUUGAUGAAGCCCUUCGAUUUGUGAACCAGUUCCGUCUGGAUCCCCAGAGAGUUCACCAAGCUAGAGCACAGUGGCUGCUGAAUGAAGGUGACUACACUGCUCUGAUAACCUGUCUUGAUCUUAUUCACAGCAAGUUUCAGGUUGUUGAUUUGUGUGUAAUGGCAACACCUUCGGACUUCCAAGUAAUGCUAAAGCUACUACUGUAUGCUAAGGCUAAGCUCUGUGACAACAACAACGAAGACAGUGCUAAAGAUACUAAUACGCAAAGCCUGCUUGUUGAGGCACUACAAUUUCUUCAAAGAUUAGAAACAUUUGCAGUAGCAUAUGGCGAGCAGAGCUUCAGCUCAUCUCGGUGGAGUGCAUUUACACAGGCAAACAUGUUGCAAGAGUUUAUCGGAAACAUCGUGAAGGGCCAGACUGCGACAGCCUUUGUCAUAUGGGGACGCCACAAUUACGAGUUUGUGGAUGAUAUCACUGAAGAUCUAUUAGAUGAAAUUCUGAGCUCCUUCCCAUAUGACGUGCCCAUGAGUCACUUACAGGAAUGGUGUAGAGACGAACUGUUUCUGCUCGUCGCUGGCAAGCUGCCAAAGAAGUCCGUGACCGUGGCACAGUGGCUGGAAGCAAGAGUGAGGGGCAUGGAGUUUGCGGCGGCGGCUGACCGGUGGCCGCACAGCGCCAUAUCGGUGCUGGAGUACCUGCUGACCAAUCGCGAUGCCGAGGCGGACGCGCAACUUUGCGACAAGCGCUUGGAGAAGGGUUGGCUGGCGGGCCUGCAGAUGCUGUGUCACUCGCUGCGCAUGCUCGCCGACCUGCACGCCACCUACAACUGCAGACUGACGCUGGACGAGUACAUGCAGGAGAACGUCGAGAGUCUCGCUUACAGGAUGCUCGACAAGGUCAAGGCGGUUGACGUGAUCUCUCGUGCGAUCGACAGGCAGGUGCGACCGUACGUGAAGCAGCACGGCCUCAGUGAGGAGAAGGUGCUGCUGCAGUACGUCGUCGACCUCGCGCAGCGCCCCAACAAGUCCGCCCACCAGGUGCUCGGCUCAUCGUGGGAGACGCGCGCCAUCGCCGUCGUCAACGCGAUCGGCGGCGCCGAGAACAAGUGUCGCGCGACGGCGCACGUGCUCCGCAAGGCCGGCGUGCCGCUGAGCCCCGACAUGGCGGCGCUCGUCAACGCCGCGCUCGCGCUGCGGCACCCGCUCGCAGCCGAGCUCGACCUGCAGCUGCGGCUGGUUCGCCUCAAGGAGGUGCUGUGCCGGUACGACCUCGGCGCGCACAACGUCGCCGAGGCGGGCGCGGCGCACACGUUCACGCGGCACGUCGUCGCCGCGGGCCGCGAGUCGGCGGUCGCCGACGCGCUCGUCGUCGUGCGCGCCUACCCGCACCUGCGCGAGGCGGACGCGUACGCGUUCCACGCGCGCCUGCUCGUGUCGCGCGGCGAGGCGGCGGCCUGCAUCGAGUUGCUGCGCGGGCUCCCCGCCGGCGACGUCGCGAUCUGCGCGCGGCGCGUCGCCACCGCGUGCGCCGUCGUGCUGAACGACGCGGCCGAGUUCGACGAGGAAGGGCGGAGGGAGAAGGUGACGUUCACGAGAGCGGCUGUCGAGGUGCUGAGGUGUGUGAGUACGUGGAGCAGCCCGCUGUCUCCUGACCUGCUGGAGUUGCUACAGGAGAUGGAAACUAUCAGUGCACUGCAGAUUGAGUUUGGGCUGUUUCUCACUCUAGAAGACUUUCAGAGUACAGAGUUUAAAAAGAAUCUACUUGAUCAGCACUUGAUGUCAUUCCAUCAGGCUAUUCUAAGUGGUCAGGCUGAGCAGGACCAUGAAAGAAAUCAUUCCAGAAGAAAGGGGGUCGUGUCUAAGUGGAGGUACACCGGCUUGUACAGAGUGGCAGAGCUUCUAGGCGUGAGCCACGACGAGCUGACCGCCCGCCUGGCUACGACCGAGGCGCAGGCCGGCCGUGGCAGCGUCGCCCUCGCGCUGGGCACGCAGCUAGCUGAGGGAGCUAGCGACGGUCGAACAGCACGCUUGCUGUACCCGGUCGUUCACGCACUCAUGCGAUGGCAGUCCUGCACGGCGAGCGAGCUGCGUGAUCUGGUGGCGCGGGUGCUGGCCUGCUGCCAUGCGGACCUGCUUCCCGACUGCCUGGAGCUGUUCAAGGCGGUGCAGAUGGCGUGCGUCGUGCAGACUAACUGCGAGGAGGCGGCGGGGCACGAGCGCGUCUGCGAAUACGGCUGGAUCGAGGACGUGCUGUUCAACACGUUCAAGGAGGAUGGAUCGUUGAUGCGCUCCAAGCCCGUGUUGGCACUGACGCACGAUUUUGCGAUGGCGUGCGUUCCGUCGCCGGUUCUGCCGAGACAUCCCUACGUACAGGAGCGAACAGCCGCUCGUAGUAUGCUGCUGGUGCUGCGUGACACUUUGGGGACGGUCGCUGGUAGCACAGGCGACGCGGCCACGUCGAAGACGGCCAACUCUGCCGGAGGCGUGGCAACAACAGCGAAGGCUAUCGAUGCUACCACAGAUGACAAGGCAGUUGACAUCCACUUUGGCGACGAACUGGUUGCAACAGCGAUUCGGCUGAUACAGUACUUUGAGAAGAACUCGUUGAAUGAACUCGCCUUUAGACAGGUUGCCAUGACGAUGGGUUGCCUCCUUCGGAUGCUCUCCGCACAGGAGAUGGGGUACCAGACUACAGAUCGCACCUAUAUCGUUACACUGAUGGCUGUACGGGAGAAGCUCACCCGACAUUUGACGGAAUUAAAGAAGGGAAUGUCGACAUUGUCUGUUCCUCUAUUAGAAAAGAUCUGUAACAAAUUGAAGAAAUUGGCUAGCCGCAGUGUGGGCAGGUUUAAUGCUCUUAUGGCUGUAGCACAGGUGGGCACAGACUUCGCUCGCGUCGUCCAAGAGCCGAAGAUCUUGGACGUGUGUGAGAAGUUGAAGAUGAACGCAUACUGGGGCAGUCGGCUGUCGAAGCUCAACAUCCCUUACGGCGACGCCCUCAAGGGUUCACAGGAGAGCAAGGAGGCGGUGCUCCCCGACAUGGUGCGCCACCCGCACGUCGACGUCGCCUUCGUGACGGCGUUCUGCGAGAUGAACGGUCUCAACGUCGGCCGCGCCCUCCUCCUGUUCCUCGAGCGCGUGCUGCUGCACGACGACGAUCGUUGCCGCGGCGACGGCGACCAUCCCGCGGACGAGCGCGCCGAGGCGAGGAUGCGCGCCGUGCGGCAGGUGUUUGCGGCGGCGGCGGACUCGCGGCUGGACGCGGCGCAGCUGGAUGCGACGCUGGACCUGGCGCUGCUGCGCAUGUGCCCCUACGAUCACGACCUGCUCGCCGUCGUGCUGGAGCGGCUCGCGGCAUCGCACGGCAGCGCGGCGCGGCGCCUCUCCGCGCUCACCUACCUGCGCAAGUACCGACGCACGGCGCCCCCUAGCGAGUACGAGACGAACUACUCGUCGCGCGACGACGAUGACGGAGACAUGCUGUGUCUCGGCCGGGGGCUUCCCGCCGAGGCGUCGGUGAGGCUGCCCUUCCAUCCGCUCGUUCUCGACGGGGUUGAGCCGUGGAACGAGCCGUGGAAGAUCAUCACGCCCGAGCUGAACGCUGACACGGUGAAGACGUGGGUGGCCAUCGCGUCGGUGCUGGCGCUCUCCAAAGAUCAGGUGUACCUCACCGCAGUGCGGAAUAUCGUGAGUGCCCACUGUAAGGAGUUGAAAUCACCUUCAGGCACAUCUGUGCAGAGUGAUUGUGACAAGAAUCCAGACGCUGCGACAGAUAAAAAACCACGCAUGAUUGACCAAGUCCAAGAACUACUAAGUAAAGUGGUAGACCAGGAGCUGGUUUUAGCAUGUAUGCGGUGGAUUGUAAAGGUGUUGCCGAUGGGGCAGGAGAAAGUGCUGGCGUUGCAGGCUUGCAUGCAACUUGCGCAGAACUGGUGCGACAGCUGCAAGGAUGAUAAAAAGGCCAUAGCUGAGAGAGCUUGGCGCAAGUUCACUGACGCCUGGCGCAGACUUUCUACGGAGCAGAUUCUUCACGAGUACGGUCUCGCUGAGACUGCUUACGUGGCGCUCACGGGUCAUCCUGUGCAGCUCGUCUUCAAACUGUACGAGCACGGCAGCAUCUCGGAGCGCAUACUGCAUCCCACAGGACAGUUCCCUGAUAUCCAUGAAGCUGUUGAGAAAAUUAGUAGCAUAAAUCGUUUGGAGCUCAAGAAGAUUAGACUGGUAUUGCUGAAGAAGUGGUUAUUGAUCAAAAACAAGGCUGAUGAUGUGGUAGCUGGUAACCCACCUCCACCAAAAGCAGCUGCUGCAUGUGAGGAGGAUGACACGGUGGCGCUGCAGAGAGCUGUCUACCAGCUGCAGCAUGACGACAGUGACGCCAGCGCGCAAUUCCUCGUCGCGAUUGCCUACGGGGGGUCGGCGAGCGCGUGCGGCAGCCGCUGCUGUGCGCGUGCGCUCGAGUGCCUGCUCGCUCUCUACGAGACGUCACGCAUCGAGGAGCUGCUCAAGUGUCCCAUCGGCGACGUGAAGGAACAACUGCGCACACUCGUCUACGUCACGGAACUCGAGCAACUACACGUGCCGAUGACUGCAGAGGCGUUCCGAGGGCUGACAAAUAAGGAGGGUCUAGUACAUGGAAUCUGGCGUAACCACUGCCACGAGCCAGCGGCGGCAUGGCUUGUGUCUCGCUUGUGUGUGGACUUUGGUGUUUGGGAUGUGAGCAUCUGGGCCAGCUUGUUGCAUGAGCUAAUGUCUGCUGGCGAGAACAACUACGUGAGACGCUUGCUGCGAAGAAUCACUGCCAUAACUGGUCUGUGGGGUGCACCUGCUAUUGGGAAGGCAUGGCGAUAUGUUAUCUUGGAGCCUCUGACAGCUACAGCCCCACCUUUGGACAAGAUACAGAUACGGAAUUGCCUAAAAAUAUUUCAGCUUGUACUCAUGUGUCCACUAAGAACCAUAUACUUGGAUUUGUCAGAGAUUGCUCAUAACUAUCAACGAUUGGAGCUGGAGACACUUGCUCAGUGUUGCCUGGCAUUAAUACCAGAUGUAAACUCUAGGACCAAAAUGGAGAUUCCAUCUUUAGCAAAGCAAAACCUUGUCAGAAAACAGCUGCAAGAGUUCUACAGAGAAUUUGGAGAUUGUCAUAUCCUGCAGAAAGUUGAGUUACUGUUGGCUAUGCGCAAGAGGAAUCUGGAUUAAGUGUUUUAAUGGCAACCAGCUGGGCUGGCAUAUUAGAAUAGUGUGAACUUGGCAAUGAAUUUCCCACUGGAAUGUACAUUGCCUAGGUCACAUAUAAUUUUCACUUCUUUCAUCUGAGACUCAUAACAAUAAAAAUAAUUUAGGGUGUGCUGGUUUGGUGUUACAUAGCCUGGGACACUCGGGUAAACAAACCUUGUCAUGUAGAAAAUAAAUCGACUGUGCUGUAUAAAAA